AUGUCCUCUACAUCUAAAAACGUGAAGCGACCUUCCCAGUCGCCCGGGGAGAAUUCACUGAGCCAGCCAAAAGCCAGGAAAUCAGAUAUAUAUAUCGCGAUCAUGGGGAUGACAGGCUCGGGUAAAAGCACCUUCAUUUCGCAUUGCACAAAGGAGAGAGUUGCCAUAAGUGAACCAGGUGCUCUUGAAUCUUGCACACAGGAAGUUUUCGUGUACAAAUGCAAACACUUCGGUCCCAAUGCCAAUGUCUACCUUGUAGACACUCCUGGCUUCGACGAUACGACUCGUAACGACACGGACAUUCUUAAAGAAAUAGCUACCUGGUUGACGAGGCAAUACCAACAAAAGGUUUGCCUCAGUGGCAUUCUAUAUCUGCACCGUAUCUCCGACAACCGUAUGGGUGGAUGUGCUUAUAGGAAUCUUUCUAUGUUUAAAAAAUUAUGUGGUGAUGAAGGUGUUAAAAACGUGGUUUUCCUUACCACGUUUUGGGAGAGGCUUGAUGAUAGCUCUGUUGGCGAGAGCCGGGAGCUCACAUUAAAAAAUACCGACAAAUUCUGGGGCUUCUUUGUGAAAAAGGGUGCCAAUGUCAAGAGACAUUGGAAUAAUGUUGAUUCCGCGCUCUCUAUAUUAGCCAAGUUUGUCCCUGUUAGCACAGACGAACGGCCUGAUGAGAUGAAAUUGGCCAUUCAAACCGAGAUGGUUGAUUCACACAAAAACUUGGAUCAAACUUCAGCAGGACAGGAGCUGCAAAGCGAGUUUAAAAAGGAGCGACUGAAAAUGAAACAAGAAAUGAAAGAGAGAGAGGAAGAGAUUAAAGCGGAAAGGGACCAGGAGAUGCGCGAGAUUCUCCGACAGGACCAAAAGAGACAGGCCCAAGAACUCAAGCGAAGGGAUAUGGAGAUGCAGGAUCUUAAGAUUAGCAUGGAGAGGAUGCAUGAAGAGAAAAUCCAACAACUCGAGGCGCGGCUACGUAGAGAAAGUCGACAGCAUCAAAAACGGAUGGAGGAAAUGCAAAAGAAAUAUGAAAAGGACCUACAAGAAAUUCGAGGCAAGCGCGACCGGAUGGAGGGUCGAGUCAAGGACCUGAGUCGAAAAAUCGGAAAUUUGACGAACAGGCGCCCGAAGAAAACAGAACCCUUGUACCAGGGAUGCCUGUUCUGCGUUGAGGAGUUUACAGAUCUGAACGAACUGUGCAAUCACGUACAAUCCAAGCACUUCACACCCUCACCAGAGGUAGCAGCGUCCGACGCAGAAUCCGACUAUGAUGGCUUGUCGACAGUGGGACAUAAUGGCCUAUUGGACACCAGACACGUGGUUGGUUGA